UACGACGUUUUCAGUACAGAUGACCCUCCGAAGUUUCGACCUGUCAUAUAAUGAACCACUUCUCGCACUAGUGCGUAUAAAAAACACCAUCUGUACUGAAAAUAUAUUUUCAUAAUACUUACUAUACAUUUUAGAUAUUUCAGAUUACUCUUAUUAUAAUAAAGAUUGAAAUAUACCAUGGGAACUGUUUUCAUUUCACGAGAAGAUAACUGCCGUGGGAUACACGUAGCUCAGUUUGUGACCUCGUCUCGCGGCAACCGCAUUCUCAAGCUAAACGGUUACUCGUUCUACUCGGACCGAGCAAAGGCGCGCGGACCGAAGCGACGUUGGCGCUGCUCGACGCACUGCAAACAAAGAUGCCGAGCUACGGUCAUGACUGUCGAUGACGUCAUUAUCUCCGCAACCUUGAUACACAAUCAUGAAUAGCGCAUGUAGAAUCAGAUCUGAGAAAAGUUUUAAAUUUCCCGGGACUGGCUCAAGAUUAGUUCCGAGAAUUCACGAGAAUUAAGAAAUUUGCUGAGCACCGGUAGCAAGCUCUAAUCAUAUUAUAAGCAUUAUAGCUCGGGUAUA